AUGACCAGCCGAGGGCCACCGGGGCACAGCCGGGGGGUCCCCUCUGGUCUGCAGCCUCUCAAGGCCACGGUCCCGUUCCAAAUGGCCUGCAAGCCAAGAGCAACCCGGAGAGAGGCUGGAAAGGCCAAAGAUAAUCAUCAAAGUGGCAUGAGGCGGACAGUGUCUCUGGAUGCCAUUGUUGGGCCUUACCUGCAGGGACAUUGGCCCAAAGAGGUGGAAGGACACAGCGGCUUCUGUCCUAAAGAUAAAUCCACUCAGACGCCGCACUCCUGGUCUGAGGACUGCCACAGCGCACACAGCGGCAGCCACAAGCGCUCGGCAUCGUGGGGCAGCGCCGAGCAGCUCAAAGAGAUUGCCAAACUAAAACAGCAGCUACAGCAGCGCAGCAAAGCCAGCGUCUCGGGAGGUCAUGACAAAGACCUGCACGGAGAUCCUCUCGGGAACGGUUACCGUGGCGCUGCACAGACCAAGCCCAUCCCGAUCCCCCAGGCGCCUCUGUCCUCUCUGGUGUCCAGACUCGGCUGCAGCGUGGAGGGUCUCAACCAGGAGCUGGAGGGCAUGUUUGUCUGCCCGCCGUCGCCGCUGCUGCAGAGGUUUUUGGAAGUCCCAGAUGGACAUCGUGCCCCUGUCCCGUCUCACACGUGUAGCAGUGGAUCCCAGAGCGACCAGGCCUCCACUCCCCUCUCCUCCACCUCCUCCUCACCCCUCUGCUCUCCCACUGACAUAUCCAGCUCCCCAGACACUGCGGAUGACCUGCCACAAGGACUAAUGGAGGGUACAUUAUCAAGGUCCCAGACCGAGCCGGAGCUGCCCCUGCUGAUCUCCUCCUCUCCUGGGCCCAACAAGAGUUGCUGCUUUCAGAGAGAACCUCCUGAAGGCUGUGAGAAAGUCCGAGUUUGGGAGGAGACCAGCACCGUGGAUCAGCCUGAAGCUGCUGCCAUUACCUCUUGCCCAGACCCCAACAAGGUAAACUUCACUCCUCACGGUGGAUCUGCGUUCUGCCCCGUCAGCCUGCUGAAGCCCCUGCUACCCUCCAUGGACCUGUUGUUCCGCACUCUCUCUGUGUCUCCAGCGAGUCAUUUAUCAGAGCAAUCUGCCUCCAGUGGCAACGGGUCUGCUGGAUCCACCACAGAGGCCUUUGGGCCGCGCCUGGCCUUCUGA